AUGUUUCGUCAAUUUUUGUUUCUUUGCUUGUUCGUCGGAGCUUUUUUGGUAGUUUCAACUGACGCGCAAUCUUUUGAAGAUGGUGUCUCCGGAAAGCUAUUCUAUAUUCCUAGAUUCCGCCGGGGCUCGCUAAAUUUUAAUGGACAUUCGGCUUAUCUGCAGCAACUUCUACAAAAUUUGAAACCAAGAUUCAGACGAAGUGAUUAG